AAAUAAGAAUAAUGAUGUUUAAUUAUUUACAUAAUUUAUCACCAUACCAAUCUUAUCAACGUCUUGAAGAAGGUCGUCCCGAAUCUUCACGUGCUGCAUCAUAUACAAAUGAAAAGGCCGAAGACUUAACAACAAAUGUCGAUUUUGAAGAAAUAGACCGACUAGACUCAUGGUAUUAUUUGUUAUUGGGGAAGAGCAUCAUUGCGAUUGCUUGGUUUUUGAUAAUGUUUGUGAUUAUUUGGACCACUGGAUUCAGGGAAAGUGAAG